AGUCGUUGAUUCCAUUCCAGUCAGUCAGUCGUUAGUCUUCCGAUCCUUGAGCAUUAUACUUUAAGAGGAAAAAUUCUCAUCAGCGGAGGGUUUGAUAAAAGCUCGCGAAAUGCUGUUCAGAAGUUUAAUCCUGGUGUCUCUGGUUCUCGGCGCUUUCGCCGCCGAAGAGGAUGUCCUCGAAUUGACGGACGACGAUUUCUCACACGAGUUAGAACGCCAUGAGAAUUCACUCGUCAUGUUCUACGCGCCUUGGUGCGGACAUUGCAAACGUCUUAAGCCCGAAUAUGCCAAAGCGGCGGAACUUCUCAAGGGUAAUGAUCCACCGAUCACUUUGGCCAAAGUUGACUGUACGGAGGCGGGUAAGACCACCUGUAACAAAUACUCCGUUAGUGGAUAUCCGACGCUUAAGAUAUUCUCGAAAAAUGAAAUGGUCGGCGAUUACAACGGCCCACGAGAAGCACCUGGUAUCGCAAAGCACAUGAAGGCUCAAGUUGGACCCGCGUCCAAGGAAUUGACUGGCGAAGACUGCCAGAAGGGCUUCUUGGAAUCUGACGAAAUUGGAGUAAUCGGUUACUUUGAGAAGGACGAUUCACCCUUGUCGGCUGCCUUCCAUACCGUUGCCAAGAAACUGAGGGAGAAGGUCAGGUUCGCGCAUACAAGUGCAAAUGCGCUACUUGAGAAGGAAGGAUUCAAAAAUAACAUUGUCCUCUACCGUCCAAAAAUUUUGCACAGCAAAUUUGAGCCAAGCAGCGUGACCUUCGAAGGUGGCGAUUCAAUCGCUGAUGUGCAUGAUUUUAUCACCAAGAACUACUUCGGCAUUGUUGGCGUAAGAACACGAGACAAUGCACCAGACUUCAAGAACCCGUUGGUAGUUGCUUACUACAACGUCGACUACGUGAAGAACGUGAAGGGAACGAACUACUGGCGUAACAGGAUACUGAAGGUCGCAAAGGACUUCCCAAGUCUCAAUUUCGCGAUUUCAUCGAAGGACGAUUUCCAGCACGAGCUCAACGACCAUGGAAUCACCUUCACCAAAGGUGACAAGCCGACCGUAUUGGCGCGCGAUGCGAAGAACCAGAAAUUCGUAAUGACUGACGAAUUCUCCGUCGAAAACUUUGAGGCUUUCUUGAAGGACUUCGAAGGCGGAGUUCUCGAGCCUUAUCUAAAAUCCGAGCCGGUCCCCGAGGACAAUAGCGGAAACGUAAAGAUUGCGGUAGCCAAAAACUUCGACGAGAUUGUAACCAACAAUGAUAAGGAUACGCUGAUUGAAUUCUACGCGCCCUGGUGCGGCCACUGCAAGAAACUUGCUCCAAUUUACGACGAAUUGGGAGACAAGUUGGCCAACGAGGAUGUGGAAAUUGUGAAAUUCGAUGCGUCAAAUAACGACGUGCCAGCGCCAUACGAGGUGAAAGGUUUCCCAACGCUCUUCUGGGCGCCCAAGAACUCUAAAGACGAUCCUAUCAAAUACGAGGGUGGCAGGGAUCUCGACGACUUCGUUAAAUACAUUGCUAAACAUGCGACUAACGAGCUUCAAGGAUUCGACCGCAAAGGAAAAGCCAAGAAGGCUCCGGCUGACGAACUUUAAGUUCGGUAUCACCCUACAAACGAUGUUCCAGGCGUAUCUUAAGUCUGUGCGAGUUAGAGGGAAUGAAUCGUAAUUAGCAAAGUAUGACAAGGGGGUGUUCUAUCAGCAGUCUUAUUUUGGGAGAGUGGUAACGAUAAAAUGUCAUCCUUUGAAAUAUAAACGUUAAAAAUAAUCGUAUACAUAGGCCACUUCGAGAUCUGUGUAUAUACAUACAUACAUACAUACAUACUUACAUACAUACGUACGUACGUACAUAAUGACAUUUAUCAGCUCGUGACUCAAACUUGCGUUGUAAAAAUUGGGUUGUAUCAUAUUCGUCGUACCUAAACCGAAGCGAGCGCGGAUAGCGAAAAUAUUGCUGAUAGCGUGAAAAUGUUUAAUUUUUCAUUUGCACGAUACCUCAGGAAAUCAAAAAUCGCAGAGGGUCAGUAAACAUUUACAACAAUGCCACGAUUGUAACAAACAAACAUUUACACAUCGACACAUAGAAAGUUGGUUUUGAAUGUGUUUGGUGAUCAUUAAUCACGCGUUUUUCCGUGUAAGCUUUGGUAAUUUUUUUGUACUUCUAUACGUUUGAAUACCAGAUGUGCGGUUACAUCUUUUUCUUUGAAAAUUAAGAUUAAUAA